GUUUCCUUAGAUACGAUAGAAACAACACAAUAAAUUCGAGGGACGAUAACCAAACGCUUGACGUGUCGUGAUCGACUACUGCCACGUUUUUUGUUCCAAUUUAAUAAACAACGGUGAAAUAUGGGACUUUUAUCAAUCUUGAGAAAAUUGCGUUCCAAUCCAGACAAAGAAUUACGACUGCUUCUUCUGGGAUUGGAUAAUGCUGGAAAAACGACGAUUUUAAAAUCCUUGGCCAGUGAAGAUAUUACGCAGGUAACACCGACACAAGGCUUCAAUAUAAAGAGCGUCCAAAGCGAAGGAUUCAAAUUGAACGUUUGGGAUAUUGGAGGUGCUCGAAAAAUUCGUCCCUAUUGGCGAAAUUACUUUGAAAAUACGGAUGUUUUAAUAUAUGUCGUGGACAGCGCGGACGUUAAGAGACUAGAAGAAACAGGUCAAGAGUUGUCAGAACUCUUAUUGGAAGAGAAAUUAAAAGCUGUUCCUUUAUUGGUUUAUGCAAAUAAACAAGAUCUUGGACAAGCUGUCACAGCAGCCGAAAUCGCCGAAGGUCUUGGAUUGCACAAUAUCAAGGAUCGCGACUGGCAGAUACAAUCAUGCAUCGCGACCGAAGGAAAAGGAGUCAAGGAGGGUCUUGAAUGGGCAUGCAAGAACAUCAAGAGGAAGUAAUGCUGAAGCUGUUGCAAACGACGCAAACGCAUGAACACGAUCGAAUAGAUCUAGUCAUUCAACUUCCGGCCUUCAUGGAAGGAGCUUUCGUAAGCUCAGAAUUACGACGUCCCAAAGAAUAUAUCUAUAUUAUAAUACGUACCUUCUCACAAGUGCUCUUCUUAUGAAAUAGAAUUCUUAGAGAUUCCAUUAAAGAAAGAAAUAAAUAUAAUAGCGAAUUAAAAAGAAGAUGCAUACAAAUAAUUAUAAACUGGUGCUCUUAUAAUUGACCACUGUUGAUUUCACGA